CGUAAUCAGACGAGUGCCUGUGCCACCCUGCCGAGGUAGAGUGCAGGAAGUGAUCGAUUCAUUGGAUGUUAUCACUUCCAUCGAGCCCUACACCGUGUCCCUUAUUUUCUACCCGGUUCCUGAUCCAGCUCCAAAAUCAAGCAACGAUACGUAGAUGCGCAUAGUUCCUUCCGAAUCUUCCGCAGUAGAAAACAUCAUCUUUCAACAUUAUCGCACCACGAGACUAGAAAGUGAAUUUAGAUUCUCUUGAGAAAAAAGACAGCGUAAAGCGAAUGAGAAAGAACCUGGAGCUUUGAUAUUAUGGCCGAACACAAGAUGAAUAAUGAGAAUAGAACCUUCCCGUUUACGACCGUCGUCGUUACCAAUCCUGACGAGGCAUCGGCAUGUUCGGCCCAAAAACUAUUGGAAUCAACACUGAAGCGGUAUUUGAACGACAAAAGAAGAUAUGGCGAGGAUGAAACGGCAAUAAACGUCAAGGUAAUAUCAACCUGCGAUCCAUUUGGAGCGCGUUGUGGAAGUUUUGGCGGGACUUUGGCUGCCUUGGACUUGCUCCGUGACAACAGCAGUGGCAGCAACGGUGACAACGACGUAAGAAGGUCGAGCGAAGGCGGAGAGAGUUGUGUAGAGACAGUUCUCUGUUUGCAUGCCGGUGGUGAUUCUUCUAGGUGCCCCUUAUCCAUGAUUCUGGGCAAAGCGUGGACGAAUUUACCAAGCUCGCAAUAUCGAAACCCAAUCAUCUGGCUAAUCAGCCAAAUGGAAGAUUUGUUUUACCGGACCCAGAUUCCAGAAGGGAGCUUGUUGGUAUUGGCUACGGAUUGCGUCCUUUCUUUUGGAGAUUUUUCCAGCUGCGAGGACAGCAAUCAAAAGAAAAACAGUAUGCCGGAUAGUGAAUCCGAGGUUGUUGAUCCCUACACGGUACUGGGGGUUGCGGUGCCAUCUCCAUUAAACACGGCGAAAAACCACGGGGUCUUUAUCAUGCCUGAACACACGCUCCCUAUUCCUCGCAAAGAUGACAAGGAAGGUAGUAAUUUUGGAUGGAGCUUAGCUCAAAUGGAAACUCCUGCUGCUGUAUGGCAAAAGCCAGAGUUGGAUAAGCUUUUGACCAAUCCGACGACAACGACAAUAUCAUCGACGAUGAUCGAAAGCGGCAUGCUGCCACCCACUUGCUUCAAUGUUCCUAAUCGAUCGGGUAAACAGGCCUGGAUUGAUACCGGCAUUGUGAUUUUCUAUCCAAAAGCUUACAAUACUUUGAUGAACCUUUCCAACGGCUUGCUCGCCUUGUGUACCAGAAGAGGACUGGAAGCGGCCUAUCAUUCGAGCAGCAACACAGGCGUCGAUUCUGUUGCACAAUCAUCCUUGCAAUCUUUUGCAAAGUCGAAUGCUCUCAAGAUUGACCUAUACACGGAUAUCUUGCACAAUUUGCCCUUGUCGGACAAAAAGAAAGCGACCGCACCUGUUCAUACCGACGGAAAAGAUGACAUCCAAGCUGCUCUGAGAAAGGUGUUGUCUGUAAUGUCACUGAAAGUACUCGCUGAUCCUGGAGGAGCUUUUUCACAUGUCGGAACGACGCAAGAAUUGAUAGAAUUUAUUACAACAAGAAGUUAUGGUGAUGAUGACGAUUUCGUGGCAAGAACGAUACCCGCUGUAAUGGACCAGUAUGUGACUAAAGUAUUAGCCAAAAAGCUUCAGUUUCAUCACCGAUUCGGAACAUGGCAAGCACCUUCUGGUGAUGAUAAUAAUCCUGCAGAAUAUUCUUCCCAUCAAAACAACACGAUACUCUUUUCGACGUUCCCGAGUGAAAGAACAAAGUCUCGAGUAGGGGCCUUUAGCUUCGUAGAGUAUUCUGACUUGCAGAGUUACGAAUCUGUUUCUAUUGGAGAUCAUUGCAUGGUAAGCGGAUUGAGGAGUUGGGAACGAUAUGUCAAUAGCCAAAGUCCUUCAGCAAAUGAUGGGUUUGACAAGGCUCUUCAGAUUCCAGAUGCACUCAGCAUACAGCUUUUACCUCUGGUUUCAAGGGAGGAGAAUAUCACAAUCGAUCGGUGUGAUCCGUUACAAGAUGAAUGGGUCAUGAUGGUGUUGGGCAUCACAGAUCCUACCAAGGCUCCUCUCCGAACAGGGGAAGUCUAUGGCAUACCGUUUUCUGAUUUCGUCAGACACACAGGCAUCUCAUUGGACCAAAUUGGAUUUCAAGACGAUUUAAAACAGAAUGAUUGCCUCUGGACCGCCAAGUUGCAUCCCAUUGUUCACAAAACAUACACCUGUGUUGAUGGGUCUUCUUCGUCGUUUUCGUCUUUGUUCGCUUGGGUAGAGAAACUAAGAUCGGGAGAUCCAACACUUCGUAACGACCAAAGCCUAGCGAACUGGCUUUCGACAGAAAGGGUGUCGUUGAAGCAAAUACAUGGUAUCGCCGACGCAUCACAAGAAUGGGCCCAUCGCAUUCAAUUGGAGGAAGAUAUUUCAAUACUGAAACGCCAAGGCCAUAUAGAUAACCUCGUGGUUUUGUUGAGGGGACAAUGCCAGAAUGUACCUUGUGAUCUUCAAUGGUUAAUAAAUAUCGAAGACUUCAAAGAAGCUUUUGAUACAUUGUGUUCUUUAAUAGGAACAUUGGAACAGUUAGCAUUGGAAGAGUUUGCAAACAGAAAUUUCCAUGUGAGCGGAAGGGCACUUAUGCUCGCAAGUGCUUCGAUAUCACAAUUUUCUGAUGAACGUGCAUCUAAUGACGCUAUUGCAUGCGAAGGCUCAAUCAACAAUGCAUCCGUUUCGUUGGAGGCUUUGAUCAAUAAAUUUAAGCUUUCGCAUUUUCCAUCAGGAAAAGGAGCUGGAGAUCACAUGCUGAUAAUGAGAGAUAUCUUGGAACUUCGGGGAUGUCACACGUCGCCCGCGACGCGAAAUUCAAUGUCUCUCUGCUCUACCAUAUUGGAACAACUUGCGCUAUGCAUGAUUGAGUUUACUAUCGUUGCUGGUUUUCGCAGAUUUCUUGAGCCUAUUGAUAAUGCAAAAAUCAGUAUGAAGAGGACGCGCGCAACGGUAUAUGAUAAAUUUGUUCUUUCAGUCGCACCUGUCCGAGUUGACUUAGCGGGUGGAUGGAGUGAUACUCCACCUAUAACAUACGAACACGAAUGUGGAGGGUCUGUAACUGGAAUGGCUGUGUUGCUUGAUGAUCACUUUCCCCUUUCUUGUCGAUGCCGUGUGAUCACAGGAGGUACUGGAAUGUUACUCAAGACCGAGCUUCGAGAUAUAUCAACAGGUUCACUGCUAUCGUCGAAGCAAGAAGACGUUACUGUCAUUUCCCAGUUGAGCGACUUCCGAAAUCCUUCAGCCAGUUGUGCAUUGGUUAAGGCGUCUUUGAUUGUUCUAGGUAUGCUUUCGGAAGAACAAAUAGUUCAAUCUGUUGACAUUCAAGACUUAAUCAAUCAGUUUUGUUCAAGCCUCGAUAAUGUCCGAAUAGAAAUUAUAACGACAUCACUUCUUGGAAUGGGUACUGGUAUGGGGACAAGUUCAAUUCUAGGAGCCUGUAUUCUCCAAAAUCUAGCAGAGUGUGUCGGUAUCGGCAGACUGGGUGACGAAUUUUUGAUCAAUGCAAUUCUCAUGCUCGAGCAGCUUUUAUCGUCAGGAGGAGGUUGGCAAGAUCAAGCACAUGGCAUAGUCCCAGGAGUAAAUACGGUCGUCAGUGCCCCCAAAAUCCCUCUAGAGAUCAAGAUAUCCCCUGUGGUUCUUUCAAAUGAAAAUACAUUAUCUUUUGAAGAGAGGCUUUUGUUUGUGUUUACUGGAAAGACUCGGCUUGCAAAGAAUAUUCUUCAGCAGGUGCUUAGGCGCUGGGCAAAAAGAACAAAUGAGAUCGUAAGCACAGUGGGGAACCUUGUAAAUUGCUCUUUGGCUGUAAGAAAUGCGUUAGAAAAUGGAUCCUGGGAUGGCGUAGGAGAGUACAUGUACCAGUCGUACAAAUUAAAAUGCGUAAUGGCUGGCGAAAACUCCGGCGCAGAACCUGAAUCCGUCAAGGUGUUCAUAUCUGAGCUGAUGAAUCGAAGUCAAAUCAAUGGUGCAAUGCUUUGUGGAGCAGGAGGAGGUGGUUUCCUUCUACUAGUAAUGUCCCAAUAUGUGGUCAGAAACGACAUCGAAAGUAUUUUUCAAAAAUCUAUUCUUCCUCUCAGUGACGACUUUCAAUAUUUCAGCUUCCACAAUUGCCAAAUCGCAAGAAGAGGAUUGACUUCAUCCAUCAUAGAGAAGGAACUCACUGACGCCAAUACUUACCAUCUUUCUUGGCAAUCGUCGAAACGGCCUGACUAAUGUCUUAGGAGUAACACAGAUGCAUUUCAAUCUUAUUCCGAUCCAAAAUACUUGUCUCGAACACCAAUGCUGUUUUUCUUUGCAGAGACUUGAUCUGAAUAAAAUGUAUCGAAACAA